AUGGCUUCUCUGCACACGGCGCCUAACCCGACGCCUGGCACUGCUGGCCUCUCUAACCUCACCCAGCAAAAUGUCCAAGACAUUCUUCAAAAGUACAAACAGAUGCAAGAACGAGGUGUCCGCCCUGAUGAUCCCGAGUUCAUGCAGGCCCACAACAUGCUCGCUGCUAUUCAGCGGCAAUCAGCCUACCAAAAGCAACAGCGCAUCCAAGCCCAGCAACAGCGCCAGCAACAACAGCAGCAACAGCAGCAGAUGAAUGGAGCCACCCCUGAGGCUGCCCCCAAUGGUACUCAUGGUCGCACCGCAUCUGCUUCUUCGGCCACUGGGACCCCCCAGGACAUCUCGGGCGGAGCCAAAAAUGCAACAGUUGGCAGCGGGAGCUUCUCUCCAGAGCAAUUGGCCACCCUUCGCAACCAGAUCCUGGCUUUUAAGAUGCUGUCCAAAAACCUCGCAAUCCCACCCCGCGUUCAACAGCAGCUUUUCGCAAACAAGUUGUCUCAAACGCCCACCCCCACAGACACUGUUGGCACAGCCGAGAAGGUUAUCGAUGCGGCGGAUAAGCCCUCAACGCAAGCCCCAGAAAGUGUAGAGCCUGAAGACUUUGGCCGAGACUGGUACGGAAGUUUCCAGUCUCCAUACGACUCCCUCUCCGAUACCAUCAGCUACACAGACCACGCCAAUCGCGCAAACCGUGUACGAAUCCCUGCGCUCUUGCCACCAGGUAUUGACCUGGAACAAGUUCGCGAGGACCGUGAAGUUUCAAUCUACAACAAGAUUGUGGCCCGAAAGGCAGAGCUUGCUCAGCUUCCCGCUAAUCUUGGUGUGUGGGAUACUAGCAAGAGCGAUACCCCUUCAUAUGAUGACUCGCUCAAGUUGAAGGCCUUGAUUGAGUACAAAGCCCUCUCUCUCUUGCCUAAGCAACGCCAGUUCCGGAAGCAACUCCAGAAUGAGAUGUUUCACUACGAUAAUCUCGGCAUGACUGCUAAUCGUUCGAGUCAUCGUCGUAUGAAGAAGCAGUCUCUGCGUGAAGCUCGCAUCACCGAGAAACUUGAGAAGCAGCAGCGCGAUGCUCGUGAAACCCGUGAAAAGAAGAAGCAGUAUGAUCAGCUGCAAGCUAUUCUCAACCACAGCGCCGAACUUGCCAACGCUUCCGUACAGCAACGCACUCGCUCACAGAAGCUGGGUCGCAUGAUGAUCUCACACCACCAGCACAUGGAACGCGAGGAGCAGAGACGCGUGGAGCGAACUGCUAAGCAGCGUCUCCAGGCCUUGAAGGCUAACGAUGAGGAGACGUACCUCAAGCUCUUGGGACAGGCCAAGGAUUCUCGUAUCUCUCACCUACUCAAGCAGACCGACAACUUCCUCAAGCAGCUUGCUGCGUCCGUCAAGGAACAACAACGUAACUUGGCUCAGCGCUAUGGCGAAGAACAAGACUUUGAUGAUGAGUCAGACCAGGAGAUUCUUGAUAGCGAAAAUGAGGAAGAAGAGACCAGCAACGGAAAGAAAAAGGUUGACUACUAUGCUGUUGCUCACCGUAUAAAUGAGGAGGUCACUUCACAGCCUACAAUUCUUCAGGGCGGUACCCUGAAGGAGUACCAGCUGAAGGGUCUCCAAUGGAUGAUUUCACUUUACAACAACAACCUCAACGGUAUCUUGGCAGACGAGAUGGGUCUUGGAAAGACCAUUCAGACUAUCAGUUUGAUUACGCAUAUCAUCGAAAAGAAGCAAAAUAAUGGCCCCUUCUUGGUCAUUGUUCCGCUUUCUACCCUCACCAAUUGGAACAUUGAAUUCGACAAGUGGGCACCAACAGUACAGAAGGUUGUCUACAAGGGUCCGCCUAAUGCACGAAAGCAACAGCAGCAGCAGAUCCGUUGGGGCAACUUCCAGGUAUUGCUGACCACCUACGAAUACAUCAUUAAGGAUCGUCCAGUUCUCAGCAAGAUCAAGUGGACGCACAUGAUUGUUGAUGAAGGUCAUCGCAUGAAGAACACACAAUCCAAACUGAGCAGCACCCUCUCAACCUAUUAUACCAGCCGUUACCGUCUCAUUCUGACAGGUACCCCCUUGCAAAACAACUUGCCCGAGCUAUGGGCUCUCCUCAACUUCGUCCUACCUAAUAUUUUCAAGUCCGUCAAGUCGUUCGACGAGUGGUUCAACACUCCAUUCGCCAAUACCGGUGGGCAAGACCGCAUGGACCUAAGCGAAGAAGAGCAACUUCUCGUUAUUCGCCGUCUUCACAAGGUUCUUCGUCCCUUCCUGCUGAGACGUCUUAAGAAGGAUGUCGAGAAGGAUCUGCCCGACAAGCAGGAGCGUGUCAUCAAGUGUCGGUUCUCCGCCCUGCAGACCAAGUUGUACAAGCAGCUCGUCACGCACAACAAGAUGGCUGUCAGCGACGGCAAAGGUGGAAAGACUGGUAUGCGUGGUCUGAGCAAUAUGCUGAUGCAAUUGCGAAAGCUUUGCAACCAUCCUUUCGUCUUCGAGCCUGUUGAGGAUCAAAUGAACCCCACUCGCAUGUCAAACGAUCUUCUUUGGCGUACUGCAGGAAAGUUUGAGCUUCUUGAUCGUGUCCUGCCCAAGUUCCGUGCCACUGGUCACCGUGUCUUGAUGUUCUUCCAGAUGACACAGAUUAUGAAUAUUAUGGAGGAUUUCCUUCGUCUGCGUGGCUUGAAGUACCUUCGUCUUGACGGUUCCACAAAAUCCGACGAUCGAUCGGAGCUGCUGAGACAGUUCAACGAGCCUGGGUCCGAAUAUUUCUGUUUCUUGCUCUCCACUCGUGCUGGUGGUCUCGGUCUGAACUUGCAGACCGCAGAUACUGUCAUUAUUUAUGAUUCCGAUUGGAAUCCUCACCAGGAUUUGCAGGCCCAGGAUCGUGCUCACCGUAUUGGACAGAAGAACGAAGUUCGCAUUCUGCGACUGAUCAGUUCCAAUUCCGUCGAAGAGAAGAUUCUUGAGCGUGCUCAGUUUAAGUUGGACAUGGAUGGCAAGGUUAUCCAGGCCGGAAAGUUCGAUAACAAAUCCACCAACGAAGAGCGAGAUGCGCUUCUGCGAACCCUUCUGGACACAGCAGAGGCAGCAGAUUCUAUUGGUGACCACGACGAAAUGGAUGAUGAUGAUCUCAACGAUAUUAUGGCCCGUUCCGAAGACGAAAUCGGUAUCUUCCAAGAAAUGGACAGACAGCGAAUCGCCAAUGAUCAAUAUGGUCCUGGCCACCGCUACCCUCGUCUGAUGUGUGAAGCAGAGUUGCCAGAAAUCUACUUGCAAGAGGACAACCCUGUCACAGAAGAGGUCGAGGUUGAGGUUACUGGCCGUGGUGCCCGUGAACGCAAGGUCACCAAGUAUGAUGAUGGCCUUACGGAAGAGCAGUGGCUAAUGGCAGUGGAUGCCGACGAUGACACAAUCGAAGCUGCCAUUGCCCGAAAACAGGCUCGCGUUGAGCGUCGCAAAUCCAACAAAAAUAGUCGUGGUCUGGGUGAUGACGAGUCAUCUCCUGAGCCCGAGCCUGAGAUUGAAGAGGAUGAGACUCCCAAGAAGCGUCGUCGCGGCCCUCCUCCCAAACGCAAGGCUGAAGAAAUUGUCGAUGAGACUCCUCAGCCCAAGCGCAAGAGAGGUCGUCAGCCCAAGGUGCCGGACACUCUCAACCCGGCUGAUCGUGCAACCUUGACUACUAUUCUCGACAACACUAUUCAGUCCUUGCUAGAAAUGGAGGCUGAGGUUCCCCCAGAAGGCUCUGACAGCGAAGAAGGACCCAUAGUCCGUGCAAUUCUGGACCCCUUCAUGAAGCCUCCUCCUCGCUCCCUAUACCCCGACUACUAUAUGAUCAUCCAGAAGCCUAUUGCCAUGGACGCAAUCCAGAAGAAGGUCAAGCGAGGCGACUACCAAAAUCUCAGAGGCUUCGUCGAUGAUAUCCACCUGCUUUGCCAGAAUGCCCGCACGUACAAUGAGGACACCAGUAUUUUGUUCCAAGAUGCCAAUGACAUCGAGGCCAAGUGUAUGUCUGAACUGAAGAGACAUACCGAUGAACACCCUCAGUUCACCCUCUUCGACAGCCAGUCUGUUGGUGAGGGAUCGACCGGGCUUGCCUCGGGCGCGGACACACCGAUGACUGCCGGUACCCCCGGACAGAAGCUGAAACUCACUUUCAGCAACCCUAACCGGGACACACCCAACGGUGGUGACGAGGAAUAA